AUGCCAGGGGGGCUGCUUCAGUCCUUGCUCACGCAGUUGGACUUACAUGGUGACCUGCCUACCAUUGACAGCAGAGUUUGUCGUCACAGGCCUCAACUUGCAGACUUCCUGCCAAACUCUACAACUUUGCAACGAGGGUCCCGCAGGCACUUCGUCUCCUUCAAGAAGAAGAAGGAAGACGCCAAUGACUGCUACUGCCCUGCACUUGGGCACUGCGUGCCAGGCUUCCAGUGCCCCCUCGGAGAGCACAUCGACCGGUCGAAAUGCUUCCACACGGUCACCGUGAAAUACCCGGCAGACACCGACUAUUUGCAGUGCCUGAAAGACAAGGAGGAAGAUCCGGAGAAGGAGUGUGAGUUGAAGAUCCUGGAGGAGGUGAAGAUCAAGACUGGCGGCUGGUUCUUCUUCGGUGGCGAGGGCCAUCCUGUUGCCCACAAGGUGAAAGGUUUGGCCAAAGAAGCCGGAGUAAAGGAAGGCUACGAACUGAUCGCGAUUGACGGCAACCAAGCGGAUUGGCGGGAGCCAGGCUUUAAGGCCUACAUCAAGAACCUAAAGUGGGAUCCGCCUGCCGGCGGGACGCCUGUGGAGUUGACGCCCGGCGAUGGGUGCAAGCAUCCACCUCCGCCGCCGCCGCCGAAGCCGCCGCCCGGGCUGCCGGGGCGGUUUCCCUUCUCCUUCCAGGAAGUGUCGCAAGGGGCUUCUGAGGGAGGAGAAGCUGAGGAGGCUGAGGAGAAGAAGAUUGAGCCCUGCUACCCCAACGGCCACAGCCUCACCUUCAAAGUCUCUGCGCCGGUGUGGAUGUUUUGGAUCGGCCCAAAGACCACCUGCCAGGCUUUCCGGGAGACCUGCUGCUCCGAGGGCUCCACCCGGGAAGGGCCAGAAGACAUGUUCGCAGAGGCCUGCGCGACCAAGCAGAUGUGCAAGCCCCAGGAGAGCUGCGAUCAAAUGCCUGGCCGGCCAGGGGUCUGCAAAUACCAGGUGCUGGAGUUGAAAGGGGACUACGACGACCAGCAGGAGAACGAGGACAAGGAGGAUGAGGCCGCCAAGGAUGUAGAGAACGAGGAGCAACAGCAGGAACGCAAGGAAGAAGAGCAGGAAGCAGAAGAUGAGGGUGAGGAGGAACCCAUCGACUGGGGCGGUGGAGAAGACAACCAGGAAGAACACCACGAAGACGAGGGAGAUACCAUUGAGGUUGAGAAGGUCGAGGCUGAGGAAGAAGUCAACGAUGCAGAUGGAGAGGCUGUGAUUGUGCCGGGCGCUGAGGAUUGGCGGCAGGAGCUCUUCCGGCAAGAUCCCUGCAGGAACUUGGCCAUGGUGCUUUUCAUGGGAGCCCGGGACGUGCGCCAGAUCUGGCUAUGCCCUUUGACCCCGUCACAGCUGCGGAUCCGCGCGCAGAUGCGGCUGGGGCACUUGGGGGAUGCGCCUGAGCGAGUCCUGGAGCAGCUCAAGGAAGCCCGGCUUUUGCAAGUGCUCGCCCGCAGCGCGCCAUUCUUCGAGCUGGCGCUGUCUCAUAUGGAAAGGCUGCUGGCGAAGGAUGCACCAUCACGGCCGUCUCGCUCGCAGCGGUCGACGCCUAGUGACGGUGCUGAUGAGCCCGAUCGCGUCUCCCUGCCACCGCUAAAGCCUCCAGCUCAGGCGCAGCCGGCGGCUUCCAGCGUUGGGACCUGUGCGCUGCUGGGAGAGCUGGUGGCAGCUGCCUGCAGGUUGCUGAUGCAAAGUCUGCAGGAUGUGAAGAUGCAGCGCCGAGGUCGCCAGAGAGGAGUGGACAGCAAUGCAGGGGACCACCUGCAGAUGGCGCUGCAGUUCCUUGCGCUGAAGGCCUUGGAGACCUCCAGCGACCGCCUUGACGAGGAGGAGGCCACCGCGGUGAUCGAGUUCGCAGGCUCCUCUGCUUUGAUGGCGACCUGGCGGGAGCUCCAGGAGCUCCGCGAUGAGGACUUCUGGCUCCUGAGGAAUGCUGGCAUUCCUGGGAUCGGCACGUUGUCUACUACUCUUUUCCCUGCCCCUGCAUCCAGAGCUAUUUGGCCAGCCUCGAGGUUGCAGCAAGCUGGGGAAAGACAGGGUGCCUCCACUGCUUGGAGGAAGUCUUUGAGGAGAGUCGCUGGCAGCAGCUGCUGCCAUUCCUGGCGGAGCUUUUGCCCGGGCCGCUAA